UAUUACUUGAACAUAAAUUAUUGUUUUAAUAAUAUGGACUGUUCAUUGGAUCAUAGUUCAUGAAUUGACUGUAACGAGCAAAUCUUGGAUGAUAUCCAUAACUUGGGUAAUUAUAUCCUAAUGGAUAUCCAUUGGGGAAAUAUCCAUAUCCCAUUCCUGGGAAAAUGUGAUGACGUCCAUAUUGCAUUCCUCUUCCAAGAGGAAUAUCCAUUCCUCCAUACAUACCAAGUCUUCCCAUUCCUGGGUAUAAAACACCACUAGUUAAUCUAUUUCUUGGUAAUCUAAUGUUAUCUAAUUUUUUAAUAGUUUGGAUUUUUUUGACAUUUUGUUUAUUUUUGGGGGCUUCUUCAUCUUCUAAUUCAUAUUCAUAUUCAUCGUCAUCAUCAUCGUCAUCAUCAUCAUCAUCGUCAUCAUCAUCAUCAUCAUCGUCAUCAUCAUCAUCGUCAUCAUCGUCAUCGUCAUCAUCAUCAUCAUCAUCAUCAUCAUCGUCAUCAUCAUCGUCAUCAUCAUCGUCAUCAUCAUCGUCAUCAUCAUCGUCAUCAUCGUCAUCAUCGUCAUCAUCAUCGUCAUCAUCGUCAUCAUCGUCAUCAUCGUCAUCAUCGUCAUCAUCAUCAUCGUCAUCGUCAUCAUCAUCAUCGUCAUCAUCGUCAUCAUCAUCAUCGUCAUCAUCGUCAUCAUCAUCAUCAUCAUCGUCAUCAUCAUCAUCGUCAUCAUCAUCAUCGUCAUCAUCUAAUUCAUAUUCAUCAUCAUCUUCGUAUUCCACGUUAUUUUCUUCUUCGUUACCAUUUUCUUCUAAUUCGAUUUCAUCAUAAUUAUUUAAUGCAAGGUCUUCUUCAGCAUUAGUGAAUGUUAAAAUAAAAGCAAUUAAUACAAAGAACAAUAACU